UUUUCUUCUCCCUUCGUUCUGGGACCGGUCCCAAUCCGCCUGCUGUUCAGCCAGACGGAUUUUUCUUCGACGAUUAGGCGCAGGACGACCUUUGCUGUUUCAUUAUAGCAACUUUCGCGGCCGAGUCUGUCUGGAACAGUACCAGGAAGGCCUUUUUUGCAUUAUUUUGCUCGAAGUUGCUCGCACACCCUCCCUCCUUCAGUUAUAAUCCCUAAUUUCGAUCAUGUCUACUGCGCCCGUCAAGUUUCAGAACGGCCAAGCCUCUAGUGUUGCUGUUGUUGUUGCUUUCGCGGCGAUUUCCCUCGUUGCGCUCGACUUUUUCUGGCUGCGUGUGCUCUAUAUUGCAGUAUCUCAACUGCGCAACCGCGCUAGCAUCCAAAAGAAGCUCAGCCGCGAGCGUCACAUAUUUCAUUCGCAGCUCGGGGCCUACACGGUUUCGCUCCUGAUCAGCAAUUUGUUUAGCAGUGUCUCGUUCGUGCUGAAUGCUGCGUAUCUCACAGUCGGCCAAAUCACCCCAGGUGCUCUGUGCAGAUCUCAAGCUACUCUGAGCCAGGUUGCUGAUGUUGCAACUGCAUACUUCACUGGUGCGAUUGCGGUGCACACUUUUAACUCCCUUGUACUCCAUCGCCGUCUCCCUGUUUGGUUCUGCGGACUGGUGGUAGUGUUCGGCUGGAUGGCUUCCAUUGUGAUGGCCACCGUACCUGCUCACUUUGAGACCAAGUACGGUCCCUUCUACACCAUCGAUGGUGCCCUGUGCGGUAUCUCCGCGGACUACCAGAUAUGGGAGACCUGCAUUCAUCUGCUGCCGAUCUUCGUUGCCUCGCUGGUUGCGGUCCUAUUCUAUGCUUUGGUCUUCCUGAUCAUCAGGGGCACCCUGGCAUUCCGCGGUGGUCUUAAGUUUAACCUUGAUCCCGAGGCUCGCAGGAGUACUAUGUACGGCAACUUCGAAUCUCCGAAGUUUAUCGCAUCUGUUGCAAGGAGCAUGCUCUGGUACCCCGCUGCGUACAUUGCACUCAUGUUCCCGCAUCUCAUUGUCUGUUUCAUGAGCGCAUCUGGAAUCAAGGUAACUUUCGCCUCGAGGAUCUUCACUGCGGCUUGCUCGGCUCUAUUGGGUCUCGCGAACGUCCUGGUCUUCUGCAACAGCAUCCGUGUCAUGGGGCCUGCCUUCGAAAGCCCCGCACCUUCGGAAGAGUCCGUCGGAAGUUUUGGUGGCAGGGAGAAGUCCGGUUCCCCUGUAGAUGUUGCGCCCCCUGCAGCCGCGUUUGUAAGGCCUGCCAAAGCAUUCCCUCCCCCUCGCUCCGUUUCGACCAUCAGCUCUAGCGAAUCGACCCGCGUACUGUUGGCGUCUCGCUAUAGGCAUGCGUAUUCCGGCAGUGUUGCGAGUACCAGCGAGUCUGCAUCCAUUGGUCGCCCGAUCACUCCGGCCUCGGAUCUCAACCAAAUCAUCGCGACACCUCAGCCCACUGCAAGCAAGGGAGGGCAACUCUUCCACCUGAACAUCGCUGUCCCAGAAGAAGAGCCCACUUCUCUCCCCGCUCCCCGCCGUAGUGCUCGCGCGACCAUCGUUAGGCAGUCAGUUGACCAGUCCAUCCUUACCGCUGUUCCCUUGAAAACUCCCGCCGGUGCCGCUUUCCCUCAGAAUAGAGGCUUCCAGCGGGACUCUUUCAUCAACAUGUACGCAUCCCGCUCUCCCGUACCCGAACCGGGGUCCAGUUCCUCUGCGGAGCCGAAGGGUCGCGUUGUUCCCCCAGCACUUGUGCUGAACGAUGGAGAUGCUGCUACUGUCCCCUCGUCUGGUAGCUCCGGGUACACCACGUCCACCGCAUCCGAUGUUCCGUCGAGCGCGUUUGCAGACAAGAAGCAGCUUUCUGCCACCCACUCGCGUUCCUUCCGCUCGACGAUGCGCGACCGCAUGAGCACCAUCGAAGUCCCCGAGGGCGGCCUCUCCCCGAUCGCCUGGGCUUCGAUUGUCGCAGACGCCGCGUCGAGCAAUGGCGGUGUGUCCGCACAGCAGUCCGACAAGGCUGCCCGGCGGCGCUCGCGUUCUAUGGACGGCCUCGCUGUUCCGUCGACGCUCCGCCCGCGCGUUCCCGUAAGCGCGACUCUCCGGCGCGAGUUCCCCAGCACGGAGCUGCUCAUGCCGCCAAUGUCCGCAGGCCUGCCUCCGCGCUACCAGAACCGCUUGGCGCGCCUGGACUCGAAAGCCGGCGUGCGCUCAAGCCAGUCCAAGAUGGCAACACUCAGCACCAGCUCUGACUCGAUGUAAACAUCAUGUGUUCCGGCUAGUCUGGCAUGCUUUGGAUUUAUAUCAUGUCAUAGUUCUCGCACUUCAUCUGGAAAAAGUUUUGGUCAAUGUUUCUUUGUUUUGUAGCUGUGAAAUUGCUCGUUCGUUGCGGUCGAAAUGCUUUCAGAUUUUUCUUGC